GUUGUACAAAAUGUUCAGUUGGAGAUACAAUUUCCAAAAAUCCUUAUUUUUCAGUUGUGAAUUAGUUAUGAUAAAACCAGUAAAAACUCAGGACCACACGCAUCAGAAAAUUCCAAAUAGCCAUGAACAUGACCACGAACACGACCACGAACACGACCACAGCCACCACGACCACAAUCACGACCACGACCACGACCACGACCACGACCACGACCACCACCAUUCCCAUUACGAGCAUGACCAUGCUCAUGGACACGAUCACGACCAUGAUCAUCACGACCAUGGUCACGCAAACCACGUUGAAGAUACGGUGGAUAAGCCUGUUAGGUUUCAAGAAUAUGAUUUGUUGGAACAACGCAACAAGAGAAAAGAGACCGAUAACCCCGAAGUUAAAGAGUAUUUCAAAGCCAGGGAGUUAUUUAUAAAGGGAUUUGAAAUCGCAUCUAAAGUUCCUGAAGACUCUGAUGACGAAACUCUAAAAGCUCAUGGACAACAAAUUUUAGAGGCUACCAAAUAUCUUGUUGAAGCUUUUUUAAUUGAUGACAAUGCCACCGAAAUGUCACCACGAAUUAUGUCACUUGCUCAACAAUAUGAGAAACUUAUUAAAUUAAGUUAUGAAGGAACAGAAAGUGAAAAGAACGCGAUUGAAUUGGAAAUAAAUGAUGCAAAACUUAGUGAAGUGAUAAAAGCAAAAAAAGAUCAUUCAGCUCAAGACGAUCAAAACGAUCCUGAUCAUCUCACAAGAGAGUCUCUUAUACUGGUCAUCUGGCUCCUCUUCAAUGGUAAACAGUAUCCAUUUUGCAUUCAGACUCUGACCAUAGCCCUCAGCCAACUUGAACCAAAACUUCAUCCUCGUCUUUACCAUCUUCGCGCCUUGUGUUACCUCACCACUGAAGACGUCAAAAAUUGUAUCAAAGAUCUUGAACGUUUAUUAUUACUUGAUCCCAAUUUUGUCGAUGCUUAUUGCAUUCAAGGUUUUGUAUUCAUGUCACAGGGUGAACGUCUAGAUCGUUUAGAAGCUGCUCGUAAUUUCAAAACUUAUAUUGAGAAGGCUAGUAAAGAUUCAGCUUCUUAUUCACACGCUCUUUAUGCUUUGGCUGCUCUUACUUGCCAAAAUGCAACUAGUUUAACAACGGGAAAUCGGAAUCAAGUUACACAAAAUUUGCGCUACCAACAAGCAUACAAUUAUUACCAAAAAGCUAAAGAAGCGGAAGAGAGAUACGAAUUUCUUUAUGGGCACACUCCUGAUAUGAUCGAUGCUAAACGUAUUGCAUUCAUUCCUGAAAUAUCCGAUGUUAAACGUAAUGCGAUGGCGCUCUUCGAACAAAAGAGCGGCAAAGAAACUACCAAAGUUGAAAAAGAUUCAAAGAAAGAAGCCGAAAAAUUAGCAAUCCUGCAAAAGUUUCUUACUUCACAUCCUAAUGGUGAACAACAGCAAUCAGAAAAAAAAUGUCACAGUUGUGGUAGUCAAACACGAAAAGACUUAAAUGAAAAGCUAGAUGCAGAAAAGAAAUAUAAACUGUUGAUUUGUGCUGGAUGCUCUAAUGUAAAUUACUGCUCUAAAGAAUGUCAAAAGAAAGACUGGAAAAAUGGACAUAAACAAACGUGUGCAACUGCAAAAACCGGAUAAUUUGAAGUAUUAUCCCAUAUGGUUAUUUUUCUUUUUUAAAAUUUGUUUCGACUUUUUAUUUAUGUAUAGACAUAUUUUUAUUAUUGUUUGUUAAAUUAUGACAUUUGUAAAGUUUAUUUUGGCAGAUAGUAAUAUAUACAUGAAUACAUAGUUCUUGUAACUUUUUGUACAAAAUGUAAAAUUUUUAAAAAAAUUACUGCAGUAUUUGUAUCUAAUCUGCAAUUUGAUCAAUCAGUGAUACUCAAUCAUGUUUUUAUCCACCGAUCAGCCAAUAAAGACCUGCAUUGUGAGAAAGUGAGGUAGUAA